GGUGAAAGCUUGUUCUUCUGCCACUCUGUUUUUCUUCUCAGCCACUUUAACAAGCUGUGUGCCAUUUGAGGGGGUGUCUUCAUUACGGCUUGUGAGGUGAUAAGGAUUUCUCUAUAAUGAGAUGGAUUCUGGGAGAGGCUCCCUUGGGAAAGAAAGUAAGGAGACUCUAGUUGCAGAUAAGAAGGAAGGGAUUGGGGCCUGUGGCUGGAUCCUGGUUUCCCUUUCAUUCCUGUUCGUGCUUAUUACCUUUCCUUUCUCCAUCUGGAUGUGCUUGAAGAUUGUGAAAGAAUACGAGCGUGCUGUUGUAUUUCGGCUGGGACGUAUAGUGUCUAAAAGAGCAAAGGGCCCAGGUUUGAUCUUGGUCCUUCCAUGUACGGAUGUUUUUGCCAGGGUUGAUCUUAGAACUGUCACCAGUAACAUUCCUGUACAAGAGAUUCUUACAAAAGAUUCUGUAACUACCCAAGUUGAUGGAGUGGUCUACUAUAAAAUCCACAGUGCUAUCUGUUCAGUGGCUAAUGUCACAGAUGUCCAUUUAGCCACCAACCUGCUGGCACAGACCACUUUGAGAAAUGUUCUAGGCACCCAAAGCUUGUCCCAGAUCCUGUCUGGCCGAGAAGAGAUUGCCCACAAUAUCCAGUCUAUCCUCGAUAAUGCCACCGGUAAAUGGGGAAUCCAAGUAGCACGUGUGGAAAUCAAAGAUGUCAGGAUCCCUAUGGAGAUGCAAAGAGCUAUGGCUGCUGAAGCUGAAGCAACACGGGACGCUAGAGCUCAGAUCAUAGCAGCAGAAGGAGAAAGAAAUGCUUCCGAGGCACUGAAGCAGGCCUCCAUGGUGCUGAUCGAGUCUCCAUCAGCCCUGCAGCUGCGCUACUUGCAGACCUUGACCACGCUGGCUACUGAGAAGAAUUCCACCAUUGUCUUUCCUCUGCCCAUGAAUAUGCUGCAGGGUUUUUAUUAACAAUAAUAGGACCAAACCAAAUGGUGACCAAGGCUUUUUUACACUGAAUUCUUUAGUUCGGAGAGUUUUACAGGGAUUCAAGAAAGGCAAACCUCUGCAGAUGGUCAGAAUUAAUGUUGAAAGUAUACUUUGAUACCCUGCCUCAGGAAUAGGGUUAACUACACAGAGAUAAUCACAAGUCAGAACACUGAAUCUGAAUGCCCCCAAAUUUCUGAGGGAUUCAAAAUUCAGACAUCCAAAUGUUGUGGUUCAAACUCAUCUCUAGGUAAAAAAUAGAAGAGACUUUGUUAAAAUACAGAUUAAACUUAAACCGAGAUGCUCGCUUUUGAUGUUACUUGAUUUUACAGAGUCACUCGGUUAGCAGGUAUGUGGUGAUUUGUCUGCUCAUCAGGAGCCUGCCUCUAAAAGCUAAUACAACCACUGUAUGUAGUAAAUAGGCCAGCUCCUGCUCUGUUAUACUGGGGCAAAUUUGUAGCAACUCAGCUGAAAAUACCAGUGUAGUGGCGAGAAGAAUGUC